GUCUGCGCAACGGAGCAAAUGGCUUCUGUUGUAUGCCCCAACGGAUCUUGGCUUUAUCGGAGUUUCGCGGUUCCAAGAGUCUGGUGACAGAGCGCCUUCUGUCGCUCCAGUAUUUUGACCAAAUUCUUCGAAAAUCAUGUCUGAACCAAAGGAUCAUGUAGCUUAUCACGAUGGCUACAGCAAAGGCCUAGAGUUCUCGCUAUCGGUCUGUCUAUGCUACACAUUAUGUGUGCUUGCUCUUCGACUGUACAUCCGAUGGAGAGCCUUUGGUACUGAUGACUUCAUUGUCUCCUUGUCCACCGUUCUGGCCUUCGUCUUCUUUGGUUGCAACUAUGCUUGCCGUGCCGCAGGAUUGGGUCGCCCCACAGAUACUCUGAGUUCGCAGCAGGAUACGUUCGAGAAACUAAACGCUCUGACUCUAGUCAGCAACCUGGCGUGGAUCACAGCACUGUGUUUAUCGAAGUUGGCCAUCGUUUCGAUGUUGCUACACACGACGGUAACAGCCUCUCAUCAAAGACUCCAAUAUUCUGUUGGGGCUCUGGUCUUAACGCAAUGCAUAAUUUCCAUCAUUCUGAUGACCGCUGGAUGUACCGCCUUUGAAGGUCUUGCCUGGGACGUCCGGUCGAAUGACAAAGCUUGUCCACGUCAAGAGCUCAGAUGGCACGUUAUCACAGGCUUGGAUGUUGCGACCGAGCUUGCGAUACUCGUCCUGCCAUUCCAGCUGGUCUGGAAACUACAGAUGUCUACCAAAAACAAGUUCAUCGUUAUUGCAGCGUUCUGGCUUCGCGUUCCAACUCUCGUGUUCACAAUUCUUCGCGACAAUGCGACAAAAAAUCUCGGCUCUACUGCUGAUAUCUCGCUUACAGCAGCCAUGGUGGUCGUUUGGCAAGCGAUUGAGAUGUCAUACUCGAUCGCGGCAGCCACCAUUGCAGCGCUCAGGCGUUUCACUGAAAGUCUCAACACAGGCUUCGGACAUGGGGAGCUGAUCCGGGUACACGGGCACUCGCAAGGCUACAAGAUGUCCGAUCGCAGCGCGUCGCUCAAGGGCUCCACUGCUUCCAAGCCAUCCACCAUUGUCGAGCCGAUACCAAAUCGCAUGAGCCGGCAAGAGUUUCGAACUAUUCCAAGAGAAGGUGGUGACUUCCAGCUGUUAAAAUUGAGACCCGAAACCCUCCAAAACAAAGUCACGGUGUCCUCGCUGCCGAAGCGCUCGGGCGUUAAAGAGAGACCAGACCAGAAUGUGCGUUUAGAAGACAACAGUAUCAGGCAUGAUAUACGAUACUCGGUUCACUACGAUGAAGAUCCUUUAGUGUCCGGACAGCACAAUCAAUAG